AUGCGCCCUUCGUCCAUCAUCGCCCUUCUCGCCUCGGCCGUCCUGGCCUUGGCCCUCCCCCAGACGACUGGCAGCUCCCCUGCCGGCGUCGACGCGAUGCGCCACUCUGCCACCGUCGCGUCGGGCAACACCUACAGCUACCUGCUGUCCAAGCCGGCCGGCACUCCCAAGGGAACAAUCUUCCUUCUGCACGGCUUCCCCGACCUGUCGUACGGCUGGCGCUACCAGAUGCCCGCCCUGACGCAGCUCGGCUACCAGGUCGUCGCCCCCGACAUGCUCGGCUACGGCCGCACCUCGGCGCCCAAGGACCUCGGAGCCUACACCUUCAAGAAGAUGACCGACGACCUCGCCGGGCUGGCAAAGCAGAUCGCCCCCGGCCAGAAGAUCAUCCUCGGCGGCCACGACUGGGGUGCAGCCAUGGUCUACCGCGUCGCCCUCUGGAACCCGGACCUCGUCAAGGGCCUCAUCGCCGUCACCACUCCUUACUCGGCGCCGACAGCACAAUACGUCGACGUGGCCGACGCCGUCAAGGCCGGGCUGACCAACUUUGGCUACCAGGUGGCCAUGCGCGACCCCGCCCUCGACGCCAAGCUGCAGACCAGGGACCAGAUCCGCCAGAUGCUGCUGGCGUUCUACGGAGCCCAGACGCCGCAGGGCCAGCCCGGCUUCACGGCCGAGAAGGGCCUGAUCUUUGAGAACCUGCCCACCCUCGGCUCGACCCCUCUCCUGUCCGCCGCAGACCUCGACUACUACGUCAACGAGUACGCCAGGAACACCGUCGCCGCGCCUCUGCACUGGUACCGCACCGCCAAGCUCAACUGGCAGGACGAGCAGAGCCUCGUGGCUGCCGGCGGCAAGAUCAAGGUCCCGACCCUCUUCAUCACCGCCACGCAGGACACCGCCCUGCCGGCCAGCCUGUCGGUCGGCAUGGAGAAGUACUUUGACAAGCUGACCAGGGGCACCGUCGACUCUUCCCACUGGGCCCUGUGGCAGGGCGCCAAGAACGUGACGACGCAGAUUGCCACUUUCGUCGCUAGUGUUUAA